AUGGUAGACGACAUCCUCACUUGCGGAGUGUGCUACGAACGGUUUCCCCUGGCGGACAUUCUUCGCUUUAUGAAUCACAAAAUGCGAAACUGCGUAAACAAGGAAAACUGUACGUCGAGGAAAGCGUUAAGCCUGAACGGAUCCAGCCAUUCGACCACGGGCUCUAACAGCGAACCCUCGAGUCCGCGAGGCAUGAAACGGAUGCGUGAGGAUGAUCCCCAGGGGGUGAAGCAUUUCGCCGACACGAAAUCGGUGCUCGGCGAUGGCGACUCAAACAGUGAACCCUUGACUUACACGUGUUUCACGUGCAAUCAUAUCUGCAAUUCGGCAUGGCUCCUCAUGCAGCACGUCCAGUCGACCCACGGCAUGAAAAUCUAUUCGGACGUUCCAAGCACCGGUCUGCCACCGAACUAUCCGAGACUCCGGAGUUCGUCGCCUGUAAAUUCCCCGCUCGACCUCAUCAAACCUCCGUCUACUAGUUCUCCGUUGACGUUGGAUCCCACAGAUUUCUACUCGCAGCGAUUACGUCAACUCGCCGGGGCCUCUUCGCCGAACGCCGCGAUCGCCGCUCUCAGUCAUUUGACAACAUCAGCAACAUCGAUAUCGACGGCCGCGGCCGCAGCCGCAGCAGCGGCGGCGGCGGCAGCGGCGGCGACUACGCCAAUAUCAUUAACGAGGCCGUCGCUCGCAUCUCCGCUCGACGCGCGGUGUCCAACCGAACUCGGUUCGACCUCUCCAAAAUCCUCGUUCUCGACCAGCAACGGCAGUGCAGGUGUUGGCAGCAGUGCCAUCGGGAGCAUUGUUCCCGCAGGCGGCAUGGGAAACGGUACUGGCGGGAGCGCCGCCGUCGCUGCCGCGGUAGCCGCGGCUACGGCCGCUGCCGCUGCUUCUUCCACUGGCAAAGAUCUGUUCAACUGUUCUCUGUGCGGUUUUAGCUGUGACGCGGAAUCACGGCUCCGGAAACACAUCAGAGCACAGCACGACAGCGAGUCUUGCCUAGACGAGGAAGAGGAGGAGGAGGAAGAGGACAUCUCCGUCGACAAGGACCACCAUCACGACAUGGUCGUCAACGACGAGAAAGAGGACGACGGCAACACGAACCUAUCCGUGCACAGCAAAGAAAACGACGAUACUGAGGAAGAUUCCGAAGAAUCCGAAGAGGAGCCCGAAAAUGACGAUGAAGAAAACGAAGAACACGAAGUGCACAAGAGACCGUCUCGAUGUCGCGAAGGAUCUGCAGCUCCUGUGAACGGGGACUGUGUCGCUCAGGAUCUCAGAGUUCGAGGUCCUCUGCCCGCCUCUCCCCCCAAAGGCUCGCAGGCGGACAAUCCUGCUGCCCAAUUGCUAUCUCAGGCUCAGGCUAUUGCCGCCAGCCAUCACAAAUCUCUCAUCGGAGAAGUCAUGGAGAAAAUUGGCUUGAACAACAUCCAACAGUACUCUGAAGCCUAUAAACAGGCUCUGGAAGAGAGACCGAGCUCCGAGGCGUCGUUUGUUAACGGAGGAAGUCCAAGCUCGGUGAAUUCUUCGAUCACAGACCGAUCGUGUUCAGCCGCUAAGUUGGAUGGCGCAACCUUGGCGGAGCCUCUAUACUCUAACCUAUGGAUACAAGGCCUGGGAUCUCGUGACCUUUACGGCUCACUGAAUUCAGAGAACCCAUUCCCGAUAGGCCGCGCUAGCAAGGAUCUUCUCGGAUUGUCGUUUCCGUCACUUUCGAGAGGUCAAGGUGCCAGUUCGUCUAUGGUUCCAUUCCUCGCUGGGUCGAAGCCGCCCCGGGGUGAGAGGCGUAACGACACUUGCGAAUACUGUGGAAAGGUUUUCAAGAACUGCAGCAACCUGACCGUGCACCGACGCUCGCACACCGGCGAGAAGCCCUACAAAUGUGAGCUUUGUUCAUACGCGUGCGCGCAGAGCUCCAAGCUGACCCGACAUAUGAAGACACACGGACGAAUCGGCAAGGAUGUUUAUCGCUGCCGUUUCUGUAACAUGCCGUUUUCGGUGCCCUCGACGCUGGAGAAACAUAUGCGCAAGUGUGUGGUAAAUGCCACGGUAAUGCGGUAA